GUUGAGUUCGGGGAGAGGCUCGGGCUUCAUUAUGUAUCAUUAUACUGAUCCGCGCCGCGCGGUGUACACUACAGUUACUGAGAAAGGCGCGCGUGUUUGUGAUUUCUUAGUCUUCUUCGUCAUUAUAUAUAUUUGUGCUAACAAUUUUCCAAUUGCCUUGACACUGCGCGCGUGAAAACAAUUAUGUCUGUAAAAGAAAUAUAAGUGUCUAAUUUUCGUUGGAUUUAAUGCUAAGUGUUGUUCCCUUAUUGUGGAUUACUUGUCCCCAGGCAUUUUCCGUCGGAUUGAGAAAAGUGAUGUGUGAUUAUUUGGAUUUUAUUUGGGAAAUGCAGUUUUCUUUUUCUAGAUGAUAUAUAAGACAUAAAGUGGAACGAUUUCAUGGAAUGGGAAUAGCGACGCGUGUGUGAAGUGUGAAGUGAGUUGAAUUGUUAUUGAGACCGUAAUAUAUAAUAGUGUUCUCUCACAAGCAGUAUUAAAUCUCGGGGAAUUAAUAAUAGGAGAGUAAGAGAUAGUGUUACCAAGUAGGGUGUACAUGUUGUCAUCAGACAAGUGUGCCCGCUGACCUGAGCGGAUACCUGGCCCCAAAAUUCGGGCCCCGUGGCGUGUGGAGGACUUUGGAGGUGAGGCGAGGGUGGCUGGGUGCGACUUUGUCGCGUCUAAGGUGGAGCGUCCGGGCAGCACGACGACGCUCAACUUCACGGACCUGGGGAGCCCAUUCGGGGCGGGCGACCCCUGUCCGUCGAGUACCCCGACCCCGAACAGCAUGUCGGGUGGUGGACCGUCGGGCGGAGGAGGCGGCGGUACCGGAGGCGGUGGUGGAGGUAGUGGUGGAGGCGGCGGCGGAUCCGAUAUGGAGCAACACCUUCAUCAUUCUGGUUUAGGUUCGGUGACACCUGGUCCACCCGGUGGUACCGGGGGUGAUAGUGCCUCCAGCACCCCAGUCUCCCAAAGUGGCAAGUCCGCUUUUAUUGAACUUCAGCACAAUAACCUUUACAAUCCCGCUGGCCUCCGCGGCGGAUAUCCCGGAAGCCACAAUGUCCCCAGUGCACAUCAGUUUUCUCACCAAGUCAGUUCUCUCGGACAUCAGGGCUCGGGACCCGGUAGUGGCAAUCAACAGCAUGCUGAUGCCGGAUUCCCCAGUCCUAGGUCGGCCCUAGCCGGAUAUCCGUUCGCGCCCAUGCAUCAGCACAACGCCUAUGGAUAUCACCUGGGAUCGUACGCACCCCAAUGUCCCUCACCGCCCAAGGACGGGUGGUGUAUGUUCACAGACCUCUCGCCUUUGGGUGAUAAGGGCGGAAGCCUCGUCGACGAAUUAGGAGGCGGUGGCGGUGGUUCUCUCAGGAAUGGUAAAGGGAAGAAAAUGAGAAAGCCAAGAACCAUCUAUAGCAGUCUUCAGCUUCAACAAUUGAAUAGGCGAUUUCAAAGAACGCAAUAUUUGGCAUUACCAGAACGAGCCGAACUUGCAGCCAGUUUGGGUUUAACGCAAACACAGGUGAAAAUAUGGUUUCAAAAUAGAAGAAGUAAAUAUAAAAAGAUGAUGAAAGCGGCACAGCAAGGUGGAGGUGGCGGCGGCGGUGGUCAACAUGGAAAUAUCUUGGCCGGUGGUACGACGUUGCCUGGAGGACCAUCUCCUCAACCUGGUCAACCAGGAGGUCUCAUGCAAGGAGGAGGCGGCAGUUCUGUGUCGGGAAGCCCAACAACGGGGUAUCUCGGUGGCAUGGGCGGCGGCGGUGGGGGUCACACCCCCGGUAGUUCGAGUCCUGGAAGCGACAUGUCGCCUCAGCACAACGAAAGUCCUCCUGCUCCCUCCUGGCCAGGAGAAAUGAAGCACCAUCCGCACCCUCAUGCACCGCCUCACACCCAUCACCAUCCUCAUACGCCCGGUCAUCAUCCACCACCCCCGCCGCCACCACCACAUCACGCGGGCUACAUGCCGCAGUACUCUUGGUACCAGGCGGAUCCUAAUCCAGGAUUACUCACAGUUUGGCCAGCAGUUUAACGAAGAUAUCUAAUCUAAUGAACCAUUGUUCAGGAAGAAGAUUUUUCGUAAUCCAAAGGACACCCAGUGCCCAAAGUGUUUAUACAUAGCCUCGAGAAAUCGAGUAAAAAUGUUAAUAAUUAUUAUCUGUAGAAAUUGUCAUGUCGCUUCACGCACACAGAAUAAUAAGCUUCAAGUAUGUGGUGCGACGUUGCGAUUUCAGCGAUAGGUGAAAUUAAUAAUUGAAAUGUUGACUUUACCAUGGUCAAAAAGAAGAAAGAAAGAAAGAUAGAAAGAAAAAAGAAAAGGUUUUUGUAAAGUAAAGUGCGCGUAUUUGAACCGUCGUUAAUUAAAACAAUUCCAUGCGAAAUGCCGAAUAUGAGGACGAUCUUAUUUGAAUUUUAGUGAUCAGUGCCCAGUGACGCGUCCGUCAAGUGAUAAUGUACAAAGAAACAUUUUGAGAUAAAAAAUAUAUAUCUCAAAAUGUAUGAAAUACACUCUCCUCGUCUGAUCGUGAAUUAAAUGUAAUAACUACUGGACAAAUUAAAGGCAAGUUUUACCUCGAAAAAAAUUCUAGUGAUAAUUCAAAUAUGAUAAUGCACCGAAUAUGUUCUUGAAAAUUUAUAUUUUCAAAAUAAAUUAAAUUUGUCAAUUUUGUAAAAAUUCAAUAAUAAAAAAUUUAUUUCUGAAUUUUAAAUAUAAAAAAAAUAUAUUUAUAAUUGGCUGACAAUUUGAAACAUUUGAAAAUUAUCUUUGAAUUAUUUUCUUAAACUAUAUAAAAGUCGACAAUGCUCCUGGGAUGUAUCGUGAAAUAUAAAAUAUUCUUUAAAUAAGUUUCUUCAGAGAUUUUCUAUAAAUAAAUAUUUGACAAUAAAAUGUGGUUCAACUUAAGAGUAUUAAGCGAUUGAAAUUAAUUUUAUCAAAAUGAUAAUUUUCAAAUGAUUCGAUUUCUUGCUCAGAGAAAGAAAAAUUAAAAAAAAAAAUGUUUUGAGAAAUUCAUUAUUAAAUUAUAAGAAACAUUUUCAAAUUCACAAUUCGAUUUCGCAUAUCUUGUCAAAUCAAAAAGGUAACUUGGUCGAUUGCUAAUUUUAAUUAAUAAAACGGUCACUCAACGACCUACUUCGUGUCUAAAUCUCGCAAAUGAAAUUCUAAUGACAUUUUCGUAAAAGUCAAUUUUAUCGAACCAAUCUUUAAUGAUGCAAUGAUAAAUCUGAAGAAGCUAAAAAUUAAAAAAAAAAGUAUUCUAAACGGUACUCAUAUGUGCUACUUUUAUUUCUAUUAUUAUUAUUUUUAAAGUUAUUCUUAGUAUUAGUUCUAUUAUUAAAGUAGCAAGAGUGAAUCAUUUCAACACAUCUUCCUUAAAAAUCAAAAUUUUUUAAAUAAAAAUUUUUUUUUAGGUAUAUUUUGAACGCAAAAUGUGAAAUCACAUUUUUUAGAAGAAAAAUAUUUUUUAAAUUAUAAAUAUUUUGAUAUUUAUUUAUAGUCUUUUUUUAAUAUUCUUAGUAUUAAUUUUAUUUCAUUUUGAAUUUUAUAAAUUUUAAAAGUGUUUUUUUUUUUGCACUUAAAUUGUCUCUUUUUUUCCAUUACGCAAUGCGUCAACUUGGAAAGAGACUCAAUAUGAGGUAAAACCACAAAAAGAGCGAUUGCGUUCGCGAGUCACGAGAAUCACGAAGGGACCGGUGAGCUCUGUCAGUGACCCAAAUCCAAGGCACGACAAUGGUAGCCUCAUGAGAAUGCGGUCUGAUAGAUCCUUUCUUUUUUAGUCUCACUCUUUCUCUAUACUUGUAUUUCUUUCUAUAUAUAUAUGAAAGAAAAAAAAGCAAGAGAGGAGGUUGAUCAAAACUUUAUUCAUUUUUACAAAUUCAAUUUUCUUUUCAACAUUAUUUCUGCCAGAAUAUAUUAAAUAAAAUAAUGUGAUAUUUAAGGAAUUGAUUCUUAAAAAUUUAUACCAAGUUCAAUAAUAAAAAAAUUUUCAUUGUAUAUUAAAAAAAAAAAUUUAAUUUAGAAAAAAAUAAAACACUUUAAAUUUAAUCAAGUCAAAAUUUUGACUUUUUUUUAACAUUUUGACUAAUCACUAUUUUAAAUUUCGACUUGUUUAAAUUUAAAGAUAAUAUAAUUAUUGUUAAGUAAAAAAUGUUUUUAUAAUAUAUUGUUUAAUUAUAAAUAAAAAAAAAAGAAAAUCAUUAUUCUUAAAAAAACUGAAUUUUUAGAAUUAUAUAAAAUUCAAAGACUAAUUUUAUUAUAUAUAUAUAUAUAUAAAUAAAUAUUUUUUAAAAAAAUUAAAGUUAUUUAUUUCGUUUGAUAAAAAAUUUAUUUACUAAAUUAUUAUUAUUUUUUUCAAAUAUCAUAUAUACUCGAUAGCAGAUGGUUUAUCGAUAUGAAUGAAAUAUAAACGUAAAAUGUCAUUACGAACUCAAGCAAAAUGCGCAGUCUAUUAUAUAAAAAAGAAAAAAAAACAGCGAAGUAGUAAAGUCGUAAUAAAUUCUUUCGGUGCAAUAAUAUACGAAGAAAAAGAAUUGAGUAAUUUAAGAUGAAAAUUCUUCAGUUCCUAAAUAAUAGAGAGGAGAUGUAUAAAUGAUGCGUGUUGAAUUAAUAAGUAAAGACAAUUUGACGAGACGUAGUUUUUCAAUUUGCGCGCGUAUGUGUGUUUGAUUAGACGAAUGUUAUAAGGGGGAAAAGGCGACAUUAAAAAAAGACAAAAAAAAAAAAAACUACGAGUCUAUACAGUUUUUUUUUCCUAGCAUUGCUAGUAAUAGAGAGAGAGGUGGGGGAGACGAAAUUCAAUUGUGCGCAAACGGGUCGCAAGGCAAAUCGAUUUCAAUUGUAUAUACCAAGCCGGGACCCCUUAGCUUGUAAGAUAUAAGUGGAUCUAUGUAAAAUACGAUGUUGUGAUAAGAGUGUAAAAAUGGAGAAAAAUUGUUUAUUUAGGGCAUGAAAACAGACCCUCCCCUAGCUAUCGAUUUCACUGAAUACCCUUGUACGAAAAUAGAUAUUACGGAAAACUAAAAUACCUUAAAUAUGAUUACUGUUGUAUAAAGUAUGAAUAAUAACUAAAUAAUUCAAUUUAA